UAUAGCUUAAUUAUUAUUUAUACUUUAUAAUAUCAUUUAAUGAUCAGAAGCCGAUUACGAAACUUCGAGCGAAGGACCGUCGAGGCUCGUAGAAGGAAAAUCAAGUCACACUCGUUUCUUAUCGAAAUCGUAUUUCGAUAAUCUUCGGAAAGAGGAAGAGGUCAAGAGCUUAAAGGUUUUGGAAACGAAGGAGAAACCGAAUUCGAAGCGAUAUGCCUACCUUCGAGAGGAUGUAGACGAUAUCACAAUGAGUUCGGUGUCCCUACCAAUUUUGAGAAACAUCGAAUCAAAUCCUAUUACCGAAGUCAAAGAUCGUAUGAUCUCGGAUUCCUCGUUUGCUCGUCAGCAAAAAUUACAAAUGAUAGUCGAACAAACGGAACUUCUCUUAUCUGCCGAAUCGAAAUUAGUCGAUUCGAUCAAACCGGAAGUCUCUUAUCUGGGCAAGAAAUAUGAACUGAAUAGACGGGAGUCCUUAAUGUUAUUGCCUGUAAUUCAGGAUAUUAAAUUGACGGAUCAAAAGAAAAGAUCAAUACCAAGGACGACGAUAAAAAAAUUAGACAAGUCUAUCGAUCCUUGUUCAACAAACAAAGUUUCUCACGAUCUAAUCGACAUAAUCGAGAAUCCAGAAUUAUCGAGAACGUCGUUCUAUAUUCCACCGUAUCCAGUGAACGACACGUCGUUAUUGGAUAAACCGAGUGACGAUUAUUCGUUCGAUUCGAGUAUGAAAAGACAGGUCACUAACGACACCAAUGUACUCUUGAAAAUACACGGGGAAUUGUCGCCUCUAAGAUGCGAGCUCAGCGAAAUAGCUGCCAAAUUUCGUGCACUGAGAUUACAAAGAAUGUACGGUUCCAUCGAGGAAAAUAAAAAUGCCGCAGGUGGCUACGUAUUGAGUUCGAUGGAUAUUGAUCGUGGUUUGCAGCAGGAGCAUCGUUUCGUCGGCAAUUUGCAAACGCAGUUUUCGCCAAUGACGAUGGUCGGUAAAUCGAUGUCUCGAGAAAGUUUUAACCAUAUCUCGACCGGUAAUUCACAGUUUUUCGUAGAAACCGGUUUGCACGGAGAUCGAACGUGCGUUUCUCGCGAACCGAGCAACCGGCAACCAUCGAUGUAUUUCGAAAUAACUUCGGGCAAGAACGAAUCCUCGAUCGGAGGAACAGAGUAUCUUGGUGAAAGGAUCGCAAACUAUUAUUCGCAAACGAAUAAUACGCCGUUUGAACAUUAUUAUCGGCCACGAUCCUCUUGUAUUCACGAUCGAUAUCAAAGAGAAAGAGGAAGUAUAGUGAGAUCGGUGGACGAAGGUUACUCUUAUUAUAGGAAUUUUAUUUCAAGAAAAUCUUGCGACAUCAAUGGGAGUCGAUACGUUUCACGAGGGAACGCCGAUCAACCGGCGGAUUUAUUGAUUCUGGGUGGUGGUAGAUCGAAGGAAGUCGUAAGGGAGGAUCAUCAUAUUCCUUGUGAUCGGCGAAGAGGGAAAAGAAAUUUGCUGGGUUCCUCGAUGGGCUUUGAUAUCGUGACACCGAAAGUUAUCGUAGAGAAUUCUUUAUCGGCCGCUAAAGAAUCAUCCACUAACGUUUCCCUUUGCAAAGGGAAUAGAUAUUCGUCCUUGGAGAUCGGCAAUCCUUAUCCCGAAAAGAAAAGAUCGAUUUGUUCAACGGUAAAAGACGUCGAGAUGUUGGUAAAUGAAGAAACGUCCAAGGAUCUUCUUACUCCAAGAGAAUCGAGAUUGAACUUGAAACAUCGGCAUCAGAAGGAACAAGUGGAUACUACUACGAUAGUUAAUCGGUCUUCUCAAACUUCUAAGCAAACGAUCGAUUUCAAAGAGAUAACGAAUACGUCGUCUUCUACAUCGACGAGAAGAAUUAAAGCGAUCAGCGUACCUAAAGAUAUCGAGAAAGUUAAAAUCGUUCCGGUAUUUUUCACAACCGGUAUACCAAAACCGUUAUUUCCAUUGAUCGAAUUGGACGACGAUACGACGGGGUGUUCUAUAAAUGAAAGAGAGAGAUCUCUGCAGCGUAGGUUAACGUUGAAAGAAAAAAAUUCGCGUAAGAUAUCUAAUAAUAGCACGUCGGGAAGAAGAGGUCCUUCGGAAAGCGACGUAUCCGAUUCCUAUGUAACUGGUCCUCUUACGUUACAUCGAGAUUAUUUUUCAGAGAACGAACGUUGGCAUUCGGGUAAUGCUUCUAGCAAGAUGUCCGUUUCGUGCUUUAGUCGUCGUAGCUGUUCCUCGAAGAAAACUACGUCCUCGAACGCAUUGAAAUAUACCAGUGCUUUAGGAAGCAUUUGUUCCGGUGUCGCGAGGGUCACCGUUUCCGGUACGGCCAUGUCUAACCAACAAAAGAGAUUUAUACAAAUUCGAGAGAUCACUCAUGAAAAAGGUAUACGCGGAAUGAGAAGCUCGCCGGAAGAUUUUCUCAGCGACACGUGAUUCUCCAAGGAUUAAACGCUUUUGUUCGUGUCUCUCUUUCUCUAUUUUAUCGUAACGAGAACGAAGACGAAAGGAGAUUCCUCUUUUUCCGUGCUCGAAUAAGAGAACGCCUUUUAUGCAGGAAGCUUAAUGGCAAAACCGAAGAGGAAAUAAAUUAAAGGAUUAGAAGGUAAAGAGGAACGACAAUUCGAACCUGUAUUAUUCUCGUUUGGUCUUACGUACUAUCAUCUUUUACCAUUAAAGUUACCUCUUCUUUUUGAGAUUUCUCAUGCCGAAAAAAGUAACUUUUCAAAGAUUCCAGAUCUAUACCAAAGUCGUUCUUCUUACUCUUUUUCUUUUUCUUCCUCUUCUUUUUCUUCUUCUUCUUCUUCUUCUUCUUCUUCUUCUUCUCGAAACAAGAUUAUAAGAACUAAAACACGAUCGUAUUCCCAAACAUACGAUCGAUCUUGUUUGAUCGCUAAGAAACAUGUUUCAAGAGACAAGGAUAGCUCUCGUAUUUGUAAAUAUUUUUACCUUAUAUUUUAUCCAUUUUUUUUUGCUCCUUUUUUACAAUGUAACAUUAUGAAUAUAAAUUACGAGAAGAAAAGAUAAUUGAACGAACAAACGUUGUGUUCUCUUUUUUUUUUUUUUAAUGAGUUACUUACAUGCGUACAUACGUUACAGAAUGAAUAUCUAUUUUUAUAGAUCUUUACGUAUAUAACAAGAAAAUGUUUUAGAUAAUACUAUAACAAUCAUAACCAUCUCAUCAUCCACAUCAUCCAAAAGUCAACUCGCAAAUUGCUAUCUCAGCCAGUCCGACAAGUUGCUCUAUACGAUGUACCUCUCUUUCUCCUUCGUACACCGCAACUAGAAAUUUAUGAUUACAACGGCAACUAUACGAUAACCAGAUGCACUUAAUGUUGUUAUAACUCUCUCGUAAUUAGAAUGAAGUCGUCCUGAAUCCUCUUUAACGUUAUUCUAGUGGAACUAUCUUCGAAUGGUUAUUAGCCACGAUCUAUUAGACUAAAGAUUUGUCUCGUUGAUGAGUAAUUUUACGUCGAAUUUAAUCUAAUCUUCUUUUUGUCUUAUCUUUUCUCUUUCUCCUUUUCCUUCUUUUUCUCCUUCUCCUUCUUCUAUUUUUUCUUUCACUACUUACAGAAACAAUUUCGAGUGUUCGUCUCGCGUUCGAUGGAAAAAAAGGAAAAGAAUGAUUGUCCGUUUCUUCCGGCGCAUUUUUGCUCGCUAAAACGAUAUCUCGUUAUCUCUACGGUGUCGGUGACGUUCGUGCUGGCAAACGAUAAGUGGUCAAUGAGAGUCGCAAGGAGGAUCAACGUACGCGCGACUUAUUUUCAUCUUCGAACCGGUUUUCUAUCGGAUGAAUCCGCUUGCCACAUCGAGAAAGAUUUCACGUAUGUUGCCUCGAAAGAUGCACACGACUCGUUUUUAUCUUCCUCGUUCUUUAACUCUGUCUCUUUUUCUCUCUCAUUUUUUUUUUAUUUUUUGUUUUUCUUCUCUCCGUUUUCUUGUUCUUUUUUUCCUCUCUUCUUUUUCUCUACCUUUCAUUUAAGUUUCUUCCAUUUCAUUUCAUUCGUACUUUUUACGAUUUCAUUCGGUGAUUAAUCACGAAAAGAAAAUGUUCGUGAAACCGAACUGUUUAUUUGGUGUAACCGGUUACGGGAUCUCUCGCGAUAAUUAAUCCCACGCUUAAUCGUAUCUCAUGCGUAACAGAGAACAUCGAAUUUCCAUUGGAUAUGAAUAAUACUGUAAUUGCUAUGUUACAUGUAAAAAAUAUAUAUAUACAUAUAUAUAUAUAUAUAUGUAUAUGUAUAUAUGUACGUAUGUAAGUAUGCACGUUGCGUCGUACGAACGUAUACGUAUUUUAUGCAUCGAAAUUUUGAAUAUGGCUUCAUUUGUCUUCUCAUAUUUUUCACAUCCUGAUACUCGAUCAAUUUCGUUAUCUUUCUGCAAGCUCGAUACCUUCACAUUAUGUUCAUUUAAUCGAUUUUUAAAUGAAUGGUAAGCUCGCUGAUGUCAUCUACGUACGUUCGAACUUAUUUAAUUAAAAAAAAAAAGAAAAGAGAAAGAGAGAGAGAGAGAGAGAGUGAAAAUAAUCUUCGAUUUGUUUCAAUUGUAACGCGAAAUUUAAUCAAGUGUACAAAGGAUUGUACGCUAUACACAUAAGUAUAUAUGCAUUCGUCUCACGAAGAGUUUUUUAAGAAAAAUUAAAAAAAAAAAUUUAAUUAAAUCGUCCGUCAUUAAAACUUGGACCCGUUUUUGGUUUCAUUCAAGAAAAAGUAGAUAUACACAUUUGUUUCUCUCCUCUCACCCCCUAUCUCUCUUUCACUCUCUCUCUUUCUCUCUCUUUCUCACUCUCCUUCUCAUCUUGAUCUUCUUAAAAUCGAAUACAUAAUUAUUUUUGUGCCGUUCACAUCUGUUGUUUUGACAAAUGCAUUCACGUACCGCCUAUUCGAUGCAACAAGAUUUUGCGAAUGGCAGAUGCAAGCUUUUAAACCCUAUCACGAGUCGAGAGUCAUCCAUUAGAAUUAUUUUAAUAAUAGAAUUUCGAGGUUCUCCGACUAUAAAUAAAGAAGAUCACGAGGAUACGUCGGAUAUUUGCUAUUUAUUUCUCUCUGUGACGUUUUCCAAUAGAUACUAUUCGAUUACAAAACUAAUUGCAUGGAUGCGCGCAUGCAUACACGCACACACACGCAUAUACGCCAUUACCGAGUUGAGAUAGAUGUGGACGAGUAAAUCUACCUUUUUUUUCUCUCUCCUCUUUCUCUCUUUCUCUCUCUCUCUCUCUCUCUCUCUCUCUUCGUAUUUGCUCGAAUUGUUAUAGAUAUUUACAAUGAUAAGAUACUAUGGCAGGUUUACAUAUAGACCAUUAUUUCAAUAGCAUAUCGUUGCAGAGUAACUUCGAUUAAUUAUUUAUACCAAUUAUCUCUAUUUACGACGUAUCCCUGUUAUCCCUGUCGUAUCGAUUACGCGAAGCACGAACGUUAUUAGCGGUAGCCCAGCAAUUUCGUCGGGAACUAUCCAGAAACGAAACGAGAUAGAAAUAUCGGCGUUGGCCUUUUCAUUCGUAAUCCAAAAAAAAAUAAAAGAAAAAAGGAAAGAAGAGAAAAAAAAACAAACAAAAAUGAAAAAGAAAAAAGAUAAAAUAGAGAGCGAAAAAAAAUCGAACUACUACCAUUACAUUUAUUUUCUCUCGUCGCUUCUAUUUCGUUACUUUGAUGGCAAUUCCCUUUUAUAAUCUAAAAUCAGGAUAUGACACGUUGAAAAUAUUUGGGACAGUUUUGAAGGUUCCUUUGACAAACGUUACGCGUUUAGUGGUAUCCUCGUGUUGUGGACAUUUGAUACCUUUGUGAAAUUUCAUGGGAAUUCGCGCGAUAAACGCGUCGUCGUUGGCCGCUUUCCAGAUAGUUUGCCUAGUCAUCGUAUCUAUCGUAUUUACUAUGUCAAACGCAUCAGUAUUGUUAUGCCCUUUUUUCUUCCUUUUUCUUUUUUUAAUUUCUUUUUAUAGUUUGCUUGCUUGCUUUUUUCUUUUUUUUUCCAUUCAUUCGUUUAUCCAUCCAUCCAUCCAUCCAUCCAUCCAUCCAUUCAUUCAUUCAUUCAUUCAUUCAUUCAUUCAUUCAUUCAUUUUUUCUUCUUUUCUCGGUCAAAUGCAAGACACAUUGUUCAUAGAAAAAUCUCUUUUAAUCGUGAGAUAUUUUCACAGAGUAAUGAGAGAGUUUUUCCUCCUACAUUUACUCAAUUCUAUUCUACAAAGUCAAGUUAAUUUUUCAUAGUUUUUUCUUUUUUUUGUUUUUCAAACUUUCCUGAAAAGAUUUCCUGGCUCUCUCUCUCUCUCUCUCUCUCUCUCUCCUCUCUCUCUCUCUCUCUCUCUCUCUCUCUUUCUCUCCGUCUUCUCCUCUUUUUUACCCAACUUCUCUCUCUCUCUCUCUCCACGAUUUAAGAAUUCAUUAAAUCGAAAAUUAUGAACGCAAUUGGUUACUUCACUUACAAGUCGAGUUUCUUUACGUAUAUACACUUUAUUUCUUAAGAGAAUCUUGUCUGUUUUUCUCAUGUUGCCUGUUUUUCUCGUGUUUCGAUCACGUUUCAUCCGAGAUACCGAUAAUUACGAUAAAUCGUGAUAAUUUUUUUAUCGAGAAAGAGCACGUUUAAUACGAAAGAAAAAAUAUGAAUAAAAUUCAAGGAUUUUAAAAGAAGAUAUCGGGCAAUCGUGAUCUAGAAUUUUUCGUUGAGAUAAACUUUUCAAAAGGUUCGUAAUGAUCGAACGUCGUCUAAUUCACCUACUUAACGUUUUUUUGCUAUUCGUUCAUUAAAAUUAACUUCUUUGCUUCUCUUCGGUAUUAAUUUCCGGUAUUAAUGGAUGUCGCUAUUCCUUCAAGUUUCUUGUUUCUUAAAAUAUCUCUAUCUCUCUAUCCAUCUAUCUAUCUAUUUCUCUCUCUCUCUCUCUCUCUCUCUUUCUUUUUAUUCGCUCGUUUUAUCGAGUUAUCAAAGAUACUUAUUGCUAAGAUACUUUCGUGAAACGACAGCUGAGUUGAAUCGUGAAAUAAUUAAAGAACAUCAUUGAUAAAAGAAGAAACCUAGUUAAAACGAAAAGUUUAUGAUCGUAUAUUAACGUGAGAUAUGUAUUAUCGAUGAAUCGACUUUUAUCGAUGAAGUACGACUUCGUUCUUGUUAAAAAAAAAAAGAGAGAAAGAAAAAAAUCAUUGAAUUUCGAUAAAAUUCGUCGAUUGAACGUGUUUCGUGUCAACGUGUGUCCCUAGUCGAAACGAGUUUGUGUGAAAAAGAUGGAAGGAAACGGAACAUUCUCCUGUGUGUUUCAACUCUCGAGAGCGUUUCUCUAUCAGAAAAAUAUGUUCGGCGAUACCAAACUCGAUCGAGCUCUCUUCCCAUCGUCUCUUCAAAAAGAAUUUAUAUACUUCUUCUUGACGUACGAAACCACUCGUUGGGAUUUUCACGUGACAUUAAAGAGCGAUAUUUUUCGAUAUUCGAAAUUCAAAAAAGAAAAAAGAUAAGAAGGAGGAUCGAUCAUAACGAGAGAGAUAUUUCAUUUCUCGAAGAAUUAAGAUAACGAGAUGGAAAGAUGGAAGAUUAAGAUAUAGAUAAUUAUUCGUUUACCAAUUAAUAUCUUUAAUUUUACUUUUUUUCUUUUUUUCUUUUUUUCUUUUUUCUCAUAACAGCAUUCAUAAAUUUCUCAUAUAAGAUAACAAAGUCGGAAUGCUAUUCGUUCGCUUGUAUAAUUAUUAACACAAUUUUUUUUAAUGAGACGCGUUAUAUAUACUUCAUUGUCGCAAUUUCGAAAUUACGUUCGUAUUUACUCGAAAUAGGGGAGGAUACGUACCGUUAACACGGCAACGCGUUUUCUGUGUGUCGAGGAAACCAUUAAAAUUUCGUGAUCGAAAACUCAAUGAUCCUCGUUAACUCGAGCUUUUAAUCGGCUCAAAGGUAUAAAAUAGUGCAAAAAAUUUACCGUACGUUUUAAUACGUCCUCUAUGUAUCGCUAUUUUUUCAAAAUAGGAAAAAAACAUUCUCUCUAUUUCUUUUUUCUUUUUUUUUUUACAACUCUCAAAAUUUUUCCAACUGAAUUGUUUUAAUUCAUUGACUUUAAUAAUAAUAAUAAUAAUAAUAAUCGAUAGAUAGAGAUAUUGCAUAGUUUUUAUGAUAAAACAGGAACGACAGGGACAAUAAAAAAAGGAAAACGAAGUGUGACUAUACGAGUUAAAAAAUUCGAUAAUUCUCAGAGUUAUACGAAUUUUUAUAAAGAUUCUUUGAAUUCUUAAAUGCGACGCGAUCGAGAUGCGGUUUUCUUGAAAGAUCCUGAAGUAUCGUUCGUUAUCUUUCUUUUUUUCUAUCUGUCUCUCUCUCUCUCUCUCUCUUUCUCUUUCUCGAUGUAUCUCGUAUUCCUUGUAAAUUGCUCGCAUACAAUAACAAUCGUGUACGCUUACUUCGUCAGUCGACGAGGCGUAAUUAAUUCGAAGCCUUCUAUCAGCUUCGGCAUAUAUGCCUUGAUAAAAAAUGCUUUGCUCGUUAAAACGAGCUAAGGAUGGAAUAACUUUGCGUAUACUUUCGCCACGAUAGUUUAAUUUAUUUUCUCUUUCUCUCUCUCCUCUCUCCUCUCUCUCUCUCUCUCUCUCUCUCUGUCUGUCUCUAUCUCUAUCUCUCCCUUUCUUCUCACUCUUUAUUUCUUUUGCUUCUCUCGCUUGCCUGCUUUUAAUGAGAAGCAUAAUUAAUAGGCACGAAAUAAUAAACGUUAAUUUAUAUACGUAGGUAGUAGACGGGUUAUGUAGAUACUACUCGUAUUCUGCGGUUAACAACUAAAGGAUAGAGAAUAAGUAGAAAAUAAUUAGAUGUCCUCUUCUAAUAGAGAAUAAUGGUGUAACCAACGUUAACCGCAGGAUUAACAACGAUCCGUAAUUAUUGGCAAUCUCCUUUUUGGCAGCAGAGCGUCUCGAUCGAAAAGCUAUUUUAGAAAUUUUAGCGCGUGACGUAAACCCGAAAUGAGCUUUCCUUCCUAAUAUUUUCGUAAGAUCAUUAGAUACGGUUUAUACGCGACACUAGAAGCAUCGUAUAGUACAAUUAGUCUAGUUAUCGCAUUCCCAAGCGAUUGGUCUAGGAUCUUCUCGGCUAACUCGAAAUUGCAAUCGUUAUUUCCUUCCAAAAAUGUUUCGCCAUCUUUUAAAGAUUCAAAUUAAAAAGUUUUACGUAUGUAUGUUUUCUUUUUCUUUUUUUUUUCGUUUCUCCUCGUUAAGCCGUUCACGACUUUUCCUUCGUAGCGUAUUCGACUUAUCGAUGAUAGAUACGAACAAAAUAUGAACAACAAGAGUUUUCACGAGUUUCUUACAAACCUUGUUUUUAUUGAUAAUUACAUGCAAUCAACGAUCGCGAGAUCGAUAUUUAAGAUAUCGGAAUUUUAAAUCAAGAUCAUUUUAUCUUUAACGCGUAUUACAAGCUUUGAAAUGUUUAAACGAAUAAAUUCUUAUUUGAAUAUUAAUUUACUCUACCCCGUGCACAUUAUAUAUUGUUCAAAUAAUUAUCAAAUUUUCGAAAAUAUUAAUAUUUUAAUCUUAAACGUUUGAAAAAUUGAAAAGUAUUGUAUUCACUUCUAUAGAAAUUUAAGGCCUGUUUGUUCGGAAAAUAUUACAAUAAAUCUGAAACGAUAAUAAAGAAAUAAUAACUUUUCGGUACGUUUUUCGUGCUUGAAGAAAUCAUUUUAUAAUGUUAUGUAAUCUAAUUAUAUAUUUAAAUACGAUUGACCUGUGUUCAAUCGAGAUAUAUUAUGUCCAAAUAUUUAAAAAGUAAACAUUUUAAAAAUAUAUGCAGCCACUUGCUCAAUAGAACUUACGUCGUUAUAAUUCAUAUACAGAUUUCAAUUUAUCGCAAAAAUAAUAGCGGUCGAGGUUUUACCACCACGUUGAGGUUGCUGCAUGUAGAAUUCCUUAAUGAUUCUAAUUUAAAAUAUGCGGUAUCAGGAUGAUAUACCACUUAUCAGGUUGGUUUCCAACGCUAAUUGAAGGAGGAUUAGUCCUCGUUUAUGGAUAACAGGACCGUCGCAACAUCGAAAGCUUUAUUCAUCGGUAUUAAACACAACCGUUUGUGUUUCCCGAAUUUCGAACAAUAAAACGUAGUGUACGGUAGGAUUAUGUUAUAAUGCGCAAAAUGUUCCAUAAUCUUUCGUGUAAAAAUCUAAUCCCACGAUGACGAAUCAAGGUCUUAAACGAGAUACAUCGAACUAACAUCGACAAUUCGCCCUAUCAGAGCGACCUAUCUCUCGAUGAUCGAUCCUUCGAUAAUUAUAUCGUAGAAUAAAAAAAGAGUAAGGGAAAUAAAGGAGACAAAAGGAAGAGAAGAAGAAGAAAAGGAAAGCAAAGCAAAGCAAAACUUCAUAGAGCUAGAAAUAAAGGAUAAACAUAUCGAAGAUCGCAUCACCCGAGUAAUCAGAACAAAAUACAGAGUACCGAAAUCGAACUCGAUUUAUUUCUACUGAAAGAAAGACUCACAAUCAUAGACUCUUCAUUCUAUGGGUCCUAUUCGAUAUUUACGAAUAAAUAAUUAAUAAGAUUUAAUGAAAAUAAAUGAGAAUCAAUAAGAAAAAUAAGAAUAUGUGAGAAUAAACGAGAGAUCCACGAUAAUAUUGGAUAUACUCGUCGUCGACGUAAUCAUCAUAAAACCAGAGAUGAUUAACACAGUUUUUGAAGAAGAAGAAGAAGAAGAAAAUUUUUUAUAUCGUACUGCGUUUAUAAUUAAUUUCUUUUUCUCUUCUUUUUUUUUGUUUCUUUUCUUUUCUUUUAACAUCUGUAGUUUAAAUUUAAUCGCUUUAUAUUUCCGUAUGUAUCAUCUCAACGCGCAGGUUACAUACGUCGCAGAAAGAGUUAUCUGUGUCAAUGUCGUGCAUGUAACUUGAGAUCCGUGAUUACUCGUCAAACCGCAUGCGAACGUAGCUUGAAAUUUUACUUGCCAACUUUCAUCGUAACCGUGUGUUGCUUCGUGAUAACUUCGUUUUAAACGAUGCACUUUAGAUGAAAACCGAAAGCGUUAGUUUUGUUCUAAUGAUUUCUAUGAGACGAUAGAGAGAAAGGAAUAAAAAGAAAAAGAGAAAAAGAUAGAAAGAGAAUGAGAGAAAGAGAAAGAGAGAGAGAGAAAGUUAUUGCAAAUGCUAUUUCUCUAAAAUAUACAUUCCCGUUCAAUUAUACAAUACGAUGGCCACUAACAACAAUACCGUAACACGUAAUCCGUGUUCUCGCGUAUCGAACGAUGCGGCGACUCUCGCUAAUGGAAGAUCUAAUUUCUCUUAUUCCACUCUAGCGACGAAACGAAGACGUAUUAGUUUCAUUCUCUCUGUUUUGUAUCCUUAUCCGUCCGCUUUUAACAACACUGAAAGGUAAUCUCUUUUCUCUUUCGUAAAGAAUACAUUUUCGACCAAGAGAGUUUUCCUCGUUGCAUUUUCUAUUCUAAGUAUUCGUGAGUGUAUUAUUCGAUAAUUCGAAAUUCACUUGGAAUUAUCCCAAAAGAGCUUAGCACCGUUUUCUAUACUUUUCCCAAGAUAUUUUUCAGAAACCACGUAACUUGUUUUAUGCGACACGAAACAAUGGAAUCCCCUUCGGGAUCCCUCAAGUUCAGCCACAAUUUCGAAAUUGAGAUUGGAAUAUGGAUAUUCUCUAUCUUUCUCUCUUUCACUUUCUCUCUCUCUAUCUCUCUCUCUAUCUAUCUAUCUAUCUGUCUGUCUGUCUAUCUAUCUGUCUCUAUUUCUAUACGAAUAUUCUGUGGGGAGGACAUUCUCUGUAACAAAAUACUGGAUAACUAUAUAACUAGAAAAUUUGGGCGUUUCCAAUCCAAUCAUAAAAUUCGCUGAUGUUUUCAGACGCGUGCGAGGGAAUUAUUUUCGUUAUCGUAAAUCUUCUGGAUGCUUGGAAGAGAAGAAAUCCUACAGGGAAUCUCUCCCCGGUAAUACGAGCACCUUCAUAAAAGUUAUUUCGAACGUUUGCAAAUUCUAUACAAUUAUUUUUAUUCUCCAUCGUCGCUCGACGAAUAUCUUUUUUUUUUUCCUUUUCCUUUUCAUCCUUUCUCGUAGAUCUCUAAUAUAACGACGAGCAAUAUCAAUUCCAAUUCGUUCGUACGUUUAAUCGAUCGGUCUUCCUCGUCAUUUAAAUUAUCGACGUUCUACGUUAAGUUUUGUUUUUUUUUUCUUUUUCUCUUUACUCGUAGAAAGAAAAAUCGCAGAUAAAAUACGAGAAUUAUCAAUUGAAUCUAUGAGGAAAGUUUGGGAAGAAUUAACGAAUUCGUUUUAUUUACCGAAGAAUUGAUCAAAGUCUGGGAAGAACGUAAUCUUGAAUAUCUCGCGAUUAGUUCGGCCGAUUAACACUCUUCCUGUAUUAAGAUCUCUAUCUACCUAGGAUGUGUCGUAAUUUAGUUUACGAUCCUUUACUUCAACUAACUUAGUAAACGACGUUAACGUGAUCAAAGCUAGUAGUAGUCCAUCUAGCUUCUCAUGUGAAGAUUCUCUCAACUGUAUCAGUCCGAAAGUUUUCGUGUAAGUUUGUUGGCAUUAUCGUUCGUCUUUUAUGAUAAGUCUGAAUUUUCUUACGGAAGAAGGUUCAGAAGGAGUUUCCCUUAAUUUCGCAAAGGUAAUUUCAAAGAUAACAUCGUUUGAAUAUAUUUAAAACAAGGGAAAAAGAGAUCGUAGAAAAAUAAGAAAUAAGAUAAAGUAUCAAAUCCGAUGAUAUAUUUUCGAUCUAUAUUUUAUUUCUCUGGUAAUACGUAUAUUAACAAGAAAUCCAAUAAAACGGAUAAACGAAGCCGAUGAUUUAAUCGGUGUUACCCGAUUAGCAAAGUAGCAACCGGUUGUAAUCGACUAUUGGACAAUGAAACGUCGGUGAACGGUAAGGAACGCGUUUCGUAAUCACAUAUUUCUGUUUAUGCGGCAAUCCAACUCCUCGUUAGAUCGUAGAGAAAGACUUGAACGAUAUUAACAGAGACGUUAGAAAGGAACACAGUGUCAAAUUAUUUCUAUCGUAUUUAUAUCAAACGUGUCGAGCGAUAAAAUUUCUUUUAGAGUAUAUAUUCUUAUACCUUUCUUGUAAUAUUUAAGGUGUUAAUUAUCACACGGUUUUCAUUGCUAGCAAGUAAAAUCUUUGUUGGAUCGGUUUGGAGAAGGAAAUUAAUUAGUUUUUAGAUAACAAUGACAAACCACUAUAACGAAGUAACGAUGACGACUACAACAACGAACGACGACAGUGACGACAACGAUGAUACCUCGAAAGAAAUAACGAGCUUCAUCGUAGCUAUCGUAAGAACGUUUCCUUGCUGUUUUCAUUUACAUACGAUAUGCACGUCGUAUUUGUAAGCGUUCAGUAAGCUGUUUUACAUAAGAACGUAGACUUCGGUUAAUUUCCAUAGCAUGUUUCUAUAACGAAAAGACCGAACGGAAAUCGUCCAAUGAAAAACAUCAGGAACGAAUCGAAUCUAUGAAUUCGCCGAAGAUGACGAUGAAACGAAACAACUAGAGCGACCUCGGCGUCGUGAUAUUUGAAAGAUUUAAGAAAAAAUCCGAAAGGGAAGAGAAUAUAAAUGACGCGAUAACGAUUUUUACCUUUCAAAGACAUCUUACACUUUUACCUUCCAAGUCGAAAAGAAAGAAAAACUUAAUGCGAUCGAAACGUUGACAUUUUCACGCUUUAAAGCUCCAAGGAGCUUUUUCCUUAUACCACCAUUAAGAUGCACCUCUCGUCGUAUCGCUCGAAAGGUUAUAACGCGUGUACCUUCUAUGCGAUACCGACGAUCAUUUUUCAAGCUACAUUAUCGAAGAACACGAGGCAGACGAGGAACGAUCUAUAAAAAAAAAAAAAAAAAAAAAAAGAAAAGAAAGAAAGGAAAAAAGAAAGAAAAGAGCAUUUUCAUUCUUCUUAAAUUAAUUAAUUAACUUAUCAAGCGAAUGCCACUUCUAUCGAAGCAGCCUCUAUCUCUCAGUGAGCGUUUUCGAAAAUCGCGAGAUACGCGCGCGCCGAAUUGGCAGAGUCGACCUCGGUAGUUUCCGUUCGAGUUCGGAGAUUUUCGCAGUCGCGCUCCUCUUAGGCCAGUCCACGAAACGGUGUGCUACGGUCGCGACUGCUAUUUCUCUCGCUCUUUCUCUUCGCAAUUUCUCUUUUACUUUUUCUCUCUCUCUCUCUCUCUCUCUCUCUCUCUCUCUUUCCCCCCUUUCUCUCUACUCUCUCUCUUUCUCUCUCUCUCUUUCUCUCCUUCAUCGUUCAAAGAAAGAAAAAGAAAAAGAAAAAGAAAAAAAAGGUAAAGAAGUAGAAGAGGAAGAAAGAAGAAAGAGGAAAGAGAAUAUAGAAUAAGUGUGGGGAAACAAAAAUCGUAAAGUAGAAAAGUGAGCUUUGUAAGCUUCUCCGAAAGACGACGAUGAUCAAGCGAAGGUCUCGUACGUCGAGGAGAGAAAUGUGCUUCGUGUGAGAACGUGCCGAAAAGAUGUGCUUGCGUGAAGCACGACGACGACGACGACGACGACGAUGUGAGGGAAAGCCGACGACGACGACGACGACGACGACGACGACGACGACGACGACAAAGCGAGGAGAGGCUCGACGACAAGAUUCAGCGAAAUCCCGAGCGUGGCCGAAGUUACGCGACGUUAAUACGCUUACAUAGUGGGAUUCGUCAUGAUAAACUAGUUUACUAUGUGACGAAAACAAAUCGAAGAAAAAGCGAAAUGAAGUUGUUAUCAUUAAUAAUGCAAUAUGAAGGUGGAAGUGCAAUAUCGUUAAGAGACGACAAGAAAUCGUGCAAAAUUAUACGUUAUCACGAGCGUUCGAAACGUUGACUAUGAUAAACUAUCCUGUCGAUUAUGAGCUUAUUUGACGUUGAGAAGAAACACGUAGGCUGCUUUUUCAUACGCGCUGUUAAUCUUAAUUAUUCCGUUCGUAUGGACACCAUUUCAUAACUAUAAAUUAUGAUACUAGCAAUUAAGCUCGUUGGUUGGUACCGUGAUUUUUAUUCUUAUCUUUGCGUCCUUGCCACGUGGAUAAAUACACGUACGACAUUUCUUUUUCUUUUUUCUUUUUUCUUUUUUUUUUUUUACUCUUAUCUUUUUCUCCUUCUUCGUCUUCUUCUUCGUUCUCUUCGUCUUUACAACGAACCAUUGCAAAUAUAACGUGGGGAUGAAGUAUCCAAGAUGUCAUGGUUAUGACAGAAAGUAAUAAUUAAUUCAGCAUACAUACAUAUAUCCUUGG